AUGCCGCGCCGUGCCCUUUGCAUGAGUUGCACCAGUAGUGCCUUUGCUAUUGUCAUGUGGUGCGACGACAACCUCCAAGUCAAGACGGCCGAUGCCGAGCACCUGCGCAGUGAAGACCGCCACUGGUUCUGUUUGAGCUGUUUCGAACGACUGGAACGACUCGGAACCGCCAAGACUUGCCCGUACAAUUACUGUUUGAAUCGAGGCACGCAAACGCCGGACUCGAUAACCUACUGGCUUUGGAACCAGGAGACCCACGUCUACGACGUGGUGGACUCUUGGAAGCCUUAUAGUCACUGA